CUUUGUACCGACAUGCGCAACACCAUCGGAUUUGCUGCUUUCUUCCUUAAGCGACACUCGUUACCACCUGGUACUGACGGUUCGCACAAUGGUACUGAGAACGCUCCGGUGCCAAGUUCAAGCAGCGCAUGCGAGUCAAGCACUGAUCUGGUACUUAAUCAGGUGACCGACAAACUAGUAAGUGCGUUGAGCACAAUUCUGACUACGGAGAUCGAGUAUCUAUGCCGAGUCAUUAGCAAUGGUCAAGAUAUGAAGACAUCGUGCAUUGCGAGGUUGACUCGCAUGGGUGUGCAUUUCAAUGGCGGCGAUUUUGCAUUUGUGCCAAGCUGUUGGUAAGCUAGACUCCUGUAUGCGCGGACCAUAUGUGGUUUUAGCGACGUUGUGGCAGGACAGAUAUGAACUAAAAUUAGUCGCUGGUUCUUAUGGUAAAGCUGUCGCGGAAUACAUGUUGCCCUGGCGCGGGGAAUGGACCCCUGAUAUGUGUGCCGCAUUCU